AUGUCAAAGACAUUUACCAAAGAUGACGUUGCGUCGCAUAGCAAGGAGGCCGACGGCCUUUGGAUCAUCGUCGAUGAGGACGUCUACGACGUGACCAAGUUCCAGGACGAACACCCUGGUGGAAAGAAAAUUCUCCAGCGCGUGGCCGGAAAGGAUGCCUCGAAACAGUUCUGGAAGUACCACAACGAAGGCAUUUUGAAGAAGUACAAGAGCCAGCUGCAGAUCGGUUCGUUGGACACCAAGAAGGCGGCUGCCCCGGCCCCGGCCCCGGCCCCCAAGAAGGCAGCGCCCAAGCCGGCAGCAUCUUCUUCCUCAGAUGUUACUCCUCCCGCGACAGCGGCACCGCAGGAUCCGUUUGGCGAGCUGAUUCCCUUCUCCGAUCCCUCCUGGUACCAAGGUUACGCUUCGCCCUAUUUCAACGAAUCCCAUGCCGCUCUCCGCGAAGAGGUCCGUUCAUGGGUUGAGAAUGAGAUCGAGCCGUAUGUCACCGAGUGGGAUGAGGCCAAGGAAGUGCCCGCCCACAUCUACAAGCAGAUGGGUGAACGCGGCUACUUGGCCGGUCUGCUGGGCGUCAAGUUCCCGCAGCAGCACACUCCGUAUCGGGUUCAGUCUGUGGAAGCCGAGCGCUGGGAUCUGUUCCACGAGAUGCUGCUGACCGACGAGCUGUCGCGCGCCGGCAGCGGUGGUCUGGUGUGGAAUCUUAUCGGUGGCUACGGCAUUGGCUGCCCACCGCUGGUCAAGUUCGGCAAGAAGGAGCUCGUCGACCGCGUCCUGCCUGGCAUCCUGGCUGGCGACAAGCGUAUUUGUCUUGCCAUCACCGAGCCUGACGCCGGCAGUGAUGUCGCCAACUUGACCUGUGAGGCCAAGCUCAGCGAGGAUGGCAAGCAUUACAUUGUCAACGGCGAGAAGAAGUGGAUCACCAACGGCAUCUGGGCCGACUACUUUACCGCUGCCGUCCGCACCGGCAAGCCCGGCAUGAAUGGCGUCAGCGUUCUUCUCAUCGAGCGCGAGGCCGGCGGCGUCAGCACCCGGCGCAUGGAUUGCCAAGGUGUCUGGAGCAGCGGCACAACCUACGUCACAUUCGAGGACGUCAAGGUCCCCGUGGAGAACCUGAUCGGCAAGGAGAACCAGGGCUUCAAGGUGAUCAUGACGAACUUCAACCACGAGCGGAUUGGAAUCGUGAUCCAGUGCGUGCGGUUCGCUCGCGUCUGCUACGAAGAAUCCGUCAAGUACGCACACAAGCGGAAGACCUUUGGCAAGCGCCUCAUCGACCACCCAGUCAUCCGCAUGAAGCUAGCCCACAUGGCCCGCCAGAUCGAAGCCACCUACAACUGGCUUGAGAACACCAUCUUCCAGUGCCAGUGCAUGGAGGAGACCGAGGCUAUGCUCAAGCUCGGCGGCGCCAUCGCCGGCCUCAAGGCCCAAGCCACCACUACCUUUGAGUUCUGUGCCCGCGAGGCCUCCCAGAUCUUCGGCGGUCUGUCCUACAGCCGCGGUGGCCAGGGCGGGAAGGUCGAGAGACUGUAUCGUGAUGUCCGCGCUUAUGCUAUCCCCGGUGGCAGUGAGGAGAUCAUGCUGGAUCUGAGCAUGCGCCAGAGCUUGCGCGUCCAUGGGAUGUUUGGCAUGAAGCUGUGA